UCUCAUUUAUUUUUACAAACUAAAUGGCUGUGGCUGAUGAAAGGAUCAGAGAAGAAUAAAAAAUUUGCAAAUCAAACCUUAAACAUUUCAUUAAGAUAGUAAUUUAACAAUAUUAAAUGGAAACCUAUUUUGCUUGGCUUAUGGUAACAAGCAUGUUUACUAGUUCUUUAGCAAAAAUGUUCAGGUACUUACCCAGUCUCAUCGUGGAUCACUUCUUUGUAUGAAAAUCUAAAGACUAUCUAUAACAUCUGCUCCACAGAUGAUUGCGCUAGUGGGUGCACCAAAUCCUCUUUAUGGUUAGACUAAUUGCCCUUUAAUAUUAAGUACACUGCUGACUCUCAUGUAAAAGGCCAUAACUUCUAAAUUCCCAUACUAAUAAAAAAGAAAUUCCUUGAUUGGCUUUCUCUCUUUUCACUCUAUAAAUACCUGCACAUCAGACCAGUGCCAAGCCAUCUCCAUUCAACAAAGCCAGAGACAAUAAUGGAGACUUUUCACCUUCCUGGCAAGUCAAGUUGCCUCUGGCUGUUGCUCAUCCUGCUCACUAUCACUGCUUGUGUUGAUUCUCAUCCACCUGCAGAGACUCACUACCAUGAAUUUGUUAUUCAAAAUACACCAGUGAAGAGGCUGUGCAGAACUCUCAACGUACUCACUGUCAACGGGCAAUUCCCGGGGCCAGCAAUUGAAACAAGGAAUGGAGAUUCACUUGUUAUCAAAGUAACCAAUGCUGGAAGAUACAACAUUUCAAUACACUGGCAUGGUCUUCGAAUGCUGCAAAAUCCAUGGGCAGAUGGACCUAGUUAUGUGACCCAGUGUCCAAUCCCCCCAGGAGGAACUUACACAUACCGCUUUACUAUCAAUAACCAGGAAGGCACACUAUGGUGGCAUGCUCAUACUGGAUUCCUCAGAGCUACUGUCUAUGGAGCUUUCAUAAUCUACCCAAGAUUGGGGUCUCCUUAUCCUUUCCCAAUGCCAAAGCGAGAAUUCCCCAUCCUUCUUGGGGAAUGGUUCGAUAGGGAUGCAAUGAGUCUCUUAAGGAUGACACAAUUUACAGGGGGACCCCCAAAUGUAUCUCUUGCAUACACCGUUAAUGGUCAGCCUGGUGAUCUCUACAGAUGCUCCAGCCAAGAUACCGUACGGAUUCCAGUAGAACCUGGUGAGACAAUUCUCUUAAGAAUAAUCAACAGUGCACUUGAACAAGAACUCUUCUUUUCGGUUGCCAACCACAGGAUGACGGUUGUUGGCACUGAUGCUGCAUAUACCAAGCCUUUCACCACAACAGUUCUGAUGAUAGCACCAGGCCAGACAAUCAAUGUCCUUCUCACUGCUGAUCAAGCCCCAGGUCGCUACUACAUGGCAGCACGUGCCUAUGAAUCAGCCCAAAAUGCUCCCUUUGACAAUACCACCACUACUGCAAUCCUUGAGUACAACUCUGCUAGCUGCAAGAAUUGUGGACAAAAUUCAAGACCAAUAUUGCCGGCUCUGCCAGCCUUUAAUGACACAGCGACUGCAACUGCAUUCAAUGCUGGACUCAGGGGCCUUUCCCAGGUUAAGGUAUUUCAAGAUGUUGAUGUGAGUCUGAACUUCAUAGUGGGGUUAGGAUUAAUCAAUUGCACCAAUCCUAAUAGCCCCCGUUGCCAAGGACCUAAUGGAACUCGCUUCACAGCCAGCAUGAACAAUAUUUCUUUGGUACUCCCAAGAACUACCUCCUUAAUGCAAGCAUACUAUCAAGGAAUGCCUGGUGUCUUCACCACAGACUUUCCUCCUGUUCCUCCGCUGCAAUUUAAUUAUACAGGGAAUGUCCCCCGAGGCCUAUGGACACCUGCUCGAGGAACUAAGCUCUACAAGUUGAAAUAUGGUUCCAAGGUGCAACUUAUUUUCCAGGAUACGAGCAUAGUAACACCUGAGGACCACCCCAUGCAUAUUCAUGGAUACCACUUCUACAUAGUUGGUUCAGGUUUUGGCAACUUCAACCCAGCAACGGAUCCUGCUAAGUUUAAUCUUAUUGAUCCACCUGUGAGAAACACCAUAGGAACACCUCCAGGAGGAUGGGUAGCCAUUCGUUUUGUUGCUGAUAAUCCAGGAAUUUGGUUCGUGCAUUGUCAUAUAGAUUCACAUCUCAAUUGGGGUUUGUCAAUGGCAUUCCUCGUAGAGAAUGGAGUUGGACCGUCACAGUCAGUUAUACCACCACCACCAGAUCUACCAAGAUGUUAAGAUGAAGAAUACAUCAUUAGUUAUAAAUUUUAUGCUAAUGAAAUAUUGGCUUGCUGUUUGCAUAUUCUUCAAAUAUUUUCUAAAUAGUAAGUGUGGUUUUCUUUAUUGUGUGAUCCAUGUAGCCAGCCUCACCUAGUGGGGUAGGGCUAAUUGUUGUCGUUGUAUAGUCAAUGUGGUUUUCCACCUUCAUUCCUAGUCCAGAAUAGGAUGAUGCUCAAUUGAGCAGCUUACUUGUUUCCCCCUGAUUG